UUGCGGUGGAUACGGGCUGUGUGUAUGGUGGGAUGCAGGGACUGAGUCCUCUGGCUUUGGGACACAGCGCAUGGAUCUGCUAUGAGGGGCCCCCGGGCCCCGUGCUCAGCCUCCUGGCCCCCACUCAGUGACGGCAGAGGACCCCUCCGCAGCUGCCGGGAGGAGGCAGCCAGCAUGGGCAGCAGCCCCCCCUCCCAGAGGAUGCUGACAGAUUGAUACAUUGUAUCAGAGUCUCUCUCCCUGGUUUCCCGCUCCCUCUCAGGCCACUGAAGAUGGUGUUUGCCCGUGGAAUGGAUUCUCAAAUGCCCCAUCUCAUCCUGCCCACCGUCCUUUACCAGAUGCCGAACACGAGUGUAGUCACCUGUCCCAUGCCGGCUGGAGAUCCCUGGGUACCUGGUCUCUACAAAGAUGGCACCACGGGCAGGAGGAAUACCACUAUGCCGGUUCAACUCCUGGUUCCUGGGGAAGUGGCUGCUGUCAGCCUUAUCUUUGGGGUCAUUUGGAUUCUAUCGGUUUUUGGAAACGCGUUGGUUUGUCUCGUCAUCCAUCGGAGCCGGAGGACACAGUCAACCACGAACUACUUUGUGGUGUCCCUGGCGUGUGCUGACCUUCUGUUGAGCCUGGGAAGUGCUCCCUUCACCCUUCUCCAAGUGACUUCUGGCCGCUGGAUACUGGGGAGCUCCAUGUGCAAGCUCGCGCGUUAUUUCUACUACCUGACUCCAGGUGUCCAGAUCUACGUCCUGCUGUCUAUUUGUCUAGACCGUUUCUACACCAUCUUGUACCCUCUGAGUUUCAAGGUCUCCAGAGAAAAGGCCAAAAGGAUGAUAGCCGCCUCUUGGCUUUUUGACGCAGCCUUCGUUGCCCCUGUUUUCUUCUUUUACGACUCCGUGGACGGCCACUGCAACUUCUUCCCUCCGCCAUCUUGGGACGGGGCUGCUUACGGAGUGGUCCAUUUGCUGGUGGGAUUCCUAGUACCCGCCGCCCUCAUCAUCUUAUUCUACCAGAAGGUGGUAAAGUACAUUUGGCGCAUUGGCACCGAUGGAUUUACGGUCCGGCGCACCAUGAACAUCGUACCCAGGACCAAGGUCAAAACCAUCAAAAUGUUCCUGAUGCUGAACGCCAUCUUUCUGGUGACCUGGUUGCCCUUUUACGUUGUACAGUUAUGGCACCCGGAUGAGAGCGACCGGCGACAGAGCUGCCUUGCUUACCUGGCCGUAUCUUGGCUCUCAUUUGGGUCUUCUGCCGCCAAACCCACGCUCUACUCCGUGUACAACGCCAACUUCCGGCGUGGAAUGAAGGAGACGUUCUGUAUGUCCUCCAUGAAAUGCUAUCGGAGCAACGCAUACACCAUCACCACCAGCUCUCGCAUGGCCAAGAGGAACUAUGUCGGCAUCUGCGAGAUUCCCGCCCCGGCCAAAACCACCAUCAAGGAGUCCGUCUACGAUUCCUUCGAUCGCGAGGCCAAGGAGAAAAAACUAGCCUGGCCCAUUGACUCGAAUCCUCCCAAUACCUUUGUGUGAUGCAGGGAUUUGAGCCAGAGAAACAUUAUUUUUAAAGAAUGAC